UUCGUUAAGUUUUGCUUUUGCUACAUGUAAACUUGGAGUUAACCUCGUUGUCGUCGCUUUCGUCGCUGUGCCCUUAUCGAAAUCGAUCACAAGCUUAGAUUUUGAAGAAGUUUUAUUUUAAAACCUUUAAUCCUUUAACAAAGUUUGUUCUGCAAUAUUUUGUGUGUGCUUAAGUUAGCAACAAAUAAGAUCGUGUAAGACAACGAAAAUCAGUGUAAUUAUAAAUUAAGUUCACUUUUUAUUCGAGGUUAUUAGUUAAUCGAUCACUUGCAUGAUUAAAGUCUCUUAGUGUGAACGUAGGUUUAUGACUUGUUUCAUAUUUACUCAAGAAAAUGAAAGUAAUGAAAUAAGUGUGCGAAAAUAUUUCAAAAACAAGUGGGUGUUUUUUCUUCUAUGUUGAUAUUAAAAUUUGAUAGAUAAAAAUAAAACAAAAAAGUGUGUGUUACCCCUUAAACUAUGGAAUACCUUCGUAUAUUAAAUGCCUUCGAACAAACCUACUACAAUCGGAUUAAAGAAAUCGAAAGGGUUGCAGCCGCCGCUGCGGGCUCUAACCAUCGACUUAGGAGUAUGACCACCAGCAAUAGCAGCCCCAUGAGCAGCAGUGGAAGCAGCAGCAGUAGUUCCAGCAGCAGCAGCAGUAGCAGCAACAGCAGUCCGCCGAAUCAUAACAUGACAAUAAAUAAUCCCUAUCAUUACCAACAUCUUCAACACCCGCAUCAUCAUCCGGCCAAUCGUUCCCAUUUAAAUGGUCACCAUCAUAGCAAUGCAACAAAUGUCGCAAAUAGUUUACUCUGGCAGCCUUGGAGGGAUUUCACAUCGUCAGCAGCGGUUGCAGCUGCUGCAGCAGCCCAUCAUCAUUUUUACCAACAGCAUCAGCAUCAUCACCAGCAAAUUCAACAACAACAACAGCAACAGCAGAGUUUGCAAAAAGAAUCCCGCUUAACUGCCAAAGAACUUCCCACCACAAAAUGGCGUCGUGAUCGUCGAUUGCGUGCAGCAUCAGAAUAUCAACAUUCGUUGUCAUCACAAAACACCCCAUCGGUGGUGGCCUCUCCACCGGCAUCGCCACCAAUGAUGGUCGCCCAACAGCCACCGACUACCCUUAGGCCGCUGUGCGAGUCUACAAAUCGAACAACAUUGCCAAUUAUUGAAAGCCCCAUUGAUAUGUCUGUGACAUCGACAACAAUGAAACCAAGAGCAUCACCCCCACCCCCAUACAGGGAACCGCUGCCGGGCUCAACAUUUGCCACAACACUUGCUCGUCCGAGUGUUAUAACACAAGCGCCACCAAAACGUGGCGAUUCACGUGACAGUAUUUUAAUCUCAAAUCGAGAAAAUGACAAUCAAAGUACUGAAUCUAUAUCGAUGUGUGAAACCGUGAUAGAUGAACAUUUCCGUCGCUCUCUAGGACCUGAUUAUGUGGCUCUCUUCGGGAAGAAGUCCCCAGUUCCAUCGACGCCCUCGCCUACACCAACUCCAACUCCACCACCACCGUCGUCAUCGUCGUUGUCAAACCCUCAACAUAUGCCACCAAUGGCUUCAGUUGCACCAACUUUACUACAUCAGCCCGUAGAACUUAAUCUAACUUCACCAACUCCCCCAGCUGCAUCGGCAGUUCUGCCUCAGGCUUUGACCACCAAACCCAUCAUGAGCCCAGUUAGUCCACCUGAAGAACAAUCACCACCACCAACUCAUGUGGCAGCAGCAACUCGAGCUGAAUCACCAACUAUGGUAGUAGCAUCCGCUCCUCCAUCAACCAACAUUGAAACAACAUCCUCAUCCAAAUCAACAACAUCGACACGUUCAUCAACGCCAUCUGUUGAUGAUCACUUUGCCAAGGCAUUGGGCGAUACAUGGAAAAAACUGCAGGCAGACAAAGAACAAAGAAAUUAAAUUCUAUUUUAUUUAAAUUUCGUAAAUUCUCUUAUUAUUAUUGUUAAGAUGAACAAUCAAAAUAUACUUGAUGGUUUUUAAUUUGUGAAACUAAUAAUAUUAAACACUAUUUUUAACCUAUUACAUGGCAAAAAAGAUCUCAAGACAAAAAUUACAAACAAAAAUAUUUAAUGUUUAGUGAUAAAAGUUUAUAUUUUUCGGAUAUAAGAAGGGAAUGCGUUACAUUAUUAAAAAAAUCUAACAAUAAUAACAAAAACAAAACUAAACAGGUGAAUGUGCAUAAACAAAUAUGCAUAAGGAAUAUGUCAAUUUGAAAAUCAAUUAAAAUUGUUAAUUUAUUGUUCGAAAUUAAAAUUCAAAGAUGACUUUUUAGAAAUGUUAAUGUUUUUGAAAACAAAUAAGAAGAAAAAAGCAAAGAGUUUUGAUAAGAAAAUAAAAAGAAUAUUUUGUUUAAUUACUUUAAAACUUAAUCACAAUUGUAUUUUUCAAACUUGCACAUUUUGUGUCGCUAAAAUACAUUUUAAAAUAUUGUAUUGUAAAUUAUGAAUUAAAAACAAAAACAAACACAUAACCUAACUCUCUUAUUUUGUAAUAUUUUAUUAAUUUAUAAAACUCUGUUAAUUUAAAAAACAAAAAAAAAUAAUAACUGACAAAAAUAUUUAACUUUGUGUAUUUUUAUUUUAAGACGGCCAAUGAAUUCCUAUUAUUUUAUAUAUAAAUAAUUUUCAAAUAAAACAAAAGAAAUAUUAUUUUAAAUAAUAUUAAUCUUAUAAUUUGCUUUUAAACACACAUAUUUUAUUUUUCUUUGGAUUAAGUGCGGUUUUUAGUGAGUGUUUUAUUCUUAUUCUUAUUGUUUUUUUUUUUCGUUCUCCGUUUCUUUAUUUGGUUUUUAAUUUGAUUUUUCUUUAUUUUUAGUAUUUUUUUUCCUUAUUUUCGCAUUUUUUUGUAAUUUAGAAUAUUUCAAUUACUAUAUACUUAAUUGUAAUGUUUAUAAUAUAUUAUGACAACAAAUAAUUAUAUAUAAAUUUAAUUUUAGAUUUA